AUGUUUUUCAUCAAUAAAACCCGGAGCAGAAAAAUUAUCGCUACGGCAAUUAUUCUUUUUUGUCUUCUGCCAACAGCCACUUAUAAUUCAGUGUCUGCACACGAUGGUCACGAUGAAGCUGGCGCUAAAAAGAGCGGAGGUUCAUCCACAAUAUUUAUGGUAGAAAAAGAAACACAAUUUCUUUUCAAUAUACAAACCCAAAAGAUCGGUACAGGGGAUUAUAACGAGUCAUCUGUUUUAUUAGGAACUGUAACAGCGGCACCACAAGGAAGAGCGGUAAUACAAUCACCCCAGGCAGGUAAGAUAGUUUCGCUGAGGGUUGCACCUGGUCAACGGGUUGGCAAGGGCCAGGUAGUGGCGGUAAUAGAACAACAGGUGGAUGCCGGAACACAGAUCAGUAUCAUUUCUCAAAGCAACUCAGUUAAUGCAGAAUACGAAGCAGCCAAAGCUCAGUAUGAAAGACUGAAAGCUAUUGAGGAUAUCGCUGCCAAAAAAGAUAUAACAGAAGCAAAAGCCCGGUACGAAAGUGCUAAAAGAAACAAAGCCCUCUUUGAUGCAAAUACAGGCAGAAAUACCGGCAAUACUAAAGCAAUAACUCUUACAUCACCUGUUAGCGGUGUGGUAGGCACUUUUAAUUAUGCAAUAGGCGCAGUAGUGAGUGGCGGCGAAACACUGUUUGAAAUAACCAACCUUGAACAGGUAUUUGUAGAAGCACAGGUAUUUACUACGGAUGUUGAGAAAAUGAAAUCAGCUACAGCAUUUACCACUACCAGCAACACUGAUACUGCUACCUACAAAUUGAAAAUGGUUAGCACAGCACAAGCUGUUAAUGCCGGUAAUCAGUCGCAAAAAGUAGUUUUUGAACUUAUCAAUCCCAAAGGCCAGUUUAAAAUUGGUGAAAACAUAAAUGUGCGGAUGACAGGAAGUAGCGUGGCAAGACAGGUGAUAAUACCCAACGAAGCCAUUGCAGAAGUAAAUGGUAAGCCUGCCAUUUUUAUAAAAGAUAAAGCAGAGCAAUAUAGCAUCAGCUUUAUUGUGAAGGGAGAAAGCAAUGACAAAUUUACUGUUGUCACUAAAGGAACAGAGGAUGGCGAAAGGAUUGUUACAGCAAAUGUGUAUCAAAUGAAAAUGAUGUAUUUAAAUCAAUAA